CAUUCUUGAAUUGAAAGAAACUCGAAUAUCCAUUUUAGCCAAAAUAAAUUAGAAAAUCUCGUAUAGUGUAGUCAAUUAACACAUUUUAUUAAUUAUAAUGGAGCUUAAUGAUGUUAUUGUGAACCAACCCGUCGUUAUAGACAAUGGUUCAGGAGUUAUCAAAGCUGGGUUCGCUGGUGAUCAGAUACCAAAAUGCAGGUUUCCGAACUAUAUUGGCCGACCAAAACAUGUGAGAGUCAUGGCUGGAGCACUGGAAGGGGAGCUGUUUGUCGGCCCCCGGGCAGAAGAGCACCGUGGCCUGCUCAGCAUCAAGUACCCAAUGGAACACGGCAUUGUGACUGACUGGAAUGAUAUGGAGAGGGUGUGGAACUACAUCUAUAGCAAGGACCAACUGUCAACAUUUUCAGAGGAGCAUCCAGUACUGUUAACAGAGGCGCCGCUGAAUCCUCGGAGGAACAGGGAGAAAGCGGCGGAGAUAUUUUUCGAAACCAUCAACGUGCCUGCACUUUUCCUCUCCAUGCAAGCAGUACUAAGUUUGUACGCCACGGGGCGGACGACGGGGGUGGUUCUGGAUGCGGGGGACGGGGUGACCCACUCGGUGCCCAUCUACGAGGGGUUCGCGAUGCCCCACAGCAUCAUGAGGGUGGACGUGGCUGGGCGUGACGUCACCAGGUACCUCAGGCUCCUCCUCCGGAAAGAGGGUGUGAACCUCCGCACCUCAGCGGAGCUGGAGAUAGUGAAGUCCAUCAAGGAGCGCGCCUGCUACCUGUCCCCCAACCCGCUGAAGGAGGAGACCAUGGACUCUGAAAGGGCACAGUACACUCUGCCAGACGGAACACAGCUCGAGAUUGGACCAGCAAGGUUCCGGGCGCCAGAAGUAUUGUUCCGACCAGAUCUGAUUGGUGAAGAAUGCGAAGGUCUACACGAGGUGCUGAUGUUCGCGAUCCAGAAGUCGGACAUGGACUUGCGCAAGGUGCUGUACCAGAACAUCGUGCUCAGCGGCGGCUCCACGCUGUUCCGCGGCUUCGGCGACCGCCUGCUGGCCGAGAUCCGCCGACUGGCGCCCAAGGACAUGAAGAUACGGAUCUCAGCGCCUCAGGAGCGGCUAUACUCGACGUGGAUAGGCGGUUCGAUUCUCGCGUCGCUCGACACAUUCCGCAAGAUGUGGGUCUCCAAGCGGGAGUACGACGAGGAGGGCCACAGAGCCGUGCAUCGCAAGACAUUCUAAUUUACACUCUAAAAACAAUCAAAUGUACGCCGCAAAGUUGUUUUUCAUGUAACAACCGCGAAUCAGUUAGUAUUACGUGUUAAACUAAAAAAAAAAAUGGUGUAUUAAGAAACACCGUACAGCGAGUGCGAUGGACGCAUCGCGGCUGCGGUAUGUACAACGGUAAUUAACUCUCGCGGCGAAAUAUUCGGAUAGGUACUUAACUCGAACAUCUGUUAUAAAAGUGAAAAAUAUCGUCUAUUUGAUCCCAUUUCUACAGGGGUUUGAAUAUUUUAGUAUGGAACUAACUUGCAUACUGUUCUAAAAUCACUUAUUCAAUGAAAUGUAAUGAUCGACUGCGGUAUCACCUGAUUUUAAAUGUUGAUGCAGUCUAAGAUGGAAGCACGCUUAUCAAGGGGUAUGGAAUUCCAUACCCCUUCAUACCUGCACGGCUAGGCUAGGUCAGGGGCCUUUUUGUCCCAGGGAGAGGACAAAAUUUUACAUUCUCAAACUCUUCUCCGAGCAUAGGCCGACGCGUGGAAUUAAUAUUUAAAUAAUAAAAGGGGGUAAACUUCUCUUAUUCCCGGUAACCGUUCUUUGGUAAAUGGACACAUAAAUUUAAUCCUCUAAUAUAAAUUAAUUGCGGGAUGUAAUUGUUAUCUCCUACCCAGUUUAGCCGUGCUGUCUUAAACUAUAGCUAAAUUCCGCCAUGCUUUGCUUUGGCUCAGUCUGAUAUUAAUUAAAAAGGAAUAAAAAGUGAAGCUUCACCAAACCUUAUAUUUCGCAACUUGUGUAAAAAAAAUCAAAUCAAACCGAGACUACUUUUCAACUUAUGCGGACAAAAAUAUACGGAAGUUUUUUUUAUAUAUAUAGAUAAUGUACUGCUAUGUAUGUGUAGGCUUAAAUCUUUUUUCGGCUGGGCCGAUCUUGAUGAGACUAUAGGCUUAAAUUCCGCAAAAUAAACUGCUUUGUCUAAAAGAUAGAGAAAGAAAUAAUCAUUAAAGAGUUUUUUUUUUUCGAUAAUCGCUAUAAUCACACAAGUCUGUCGAACAAAUACGUUAAAAAAAAAUAAGUUAUGCUAUAUUAAAUCAAAACACAAAAGUUUUUAUUCAACAAAGU